CAUCUAGUGCUGAAUGGGGUAAAGGCAUGAGCGACCAAGGGGCAAAAAGACAGCUUGUCUAUACAGAACUAAUUAUUGGUUAAGCAUAGUUCUGAGUCCUCUUCCUUCUCCAAAAUCCAAUAAAGAUAUGGGUUUUGGUUCCCAAAGGAGAUGCCUUUUGUUGACUGGUGCCAUCUUUCUUCUUCAAGUGCAGCUGCUGUUGGUUGUAACUUUAGCUAAAACACAUGUACCUUCGUCAUCAUCUUAUAAUAUCAGUGGUUCAUUAAGAGGAAGAGAGUUAUUGGGGUGUAAUUUGUUCAAGGGAAAAUGGGUAGUUGACAGUUCUUACCCACUGUAUGCAGCUUCAAGCUGCCCCUUCAUUGACUCUGGAUUCAAUUGCCUUAAACAUGGCCGCUCAGAUACACAGUAUCUCAAGUAUGCUUGGCAACCAGACUCCUGUAACUUACCCAGGUUUAAUGGGUUGGAUUUGUUGAGAAAAUGGAGAGGGAAGAAAGUGAUGUUUGUCGGUGACUCACUGAGUGAGAAUCAGUGGCAAUCGUUGGCUUGUUUGCUUCAUGCAUCUGCACCCAAAUCCAAAACCACUUUUCUGAGUAGGGACUCUCUUACUUCCCUUGCUUUUCAGGAUUACGGAGUAACGUUGUACUUGUAUCGAUCAACGUAUUUGGUCGAUAUCGUAAGGGAAAACGUUGGCCGGGUACUGAAACUGAAUUCGAUUCAAGGCGGGAAUGCAUGGAAAGGGAUGGAUGUGCUGGUUUUCAAUUCGUGGCAUUGGUGGACGCAUACGGGACACUUACAACCAUGGGAUUAUGUGCAAUAUGGAUCAACUAUCCUGAAGGACAUGAAUCGUCUAGAGGCAUAUUAUAAGGGCAUGAUGACAUGGGCGAGAUGGGUUGAUCUCAAUGUCAACCCAUCCAAAACGAAAGUCUUCUUUCAAGGGAUCUCUCCUUCACAUAAUCAGGGAAAGGAGUGGGGAUCAUCAUCAAAGAACUGCAACGGAGAACUACGACCGUUACUAGGAUCAACAUAUCCUGCAGGAUUACCUGAAGCUCAAGGUGUUCUGAACCGAGUUCUGGGGAGUGUAAAGAAUCCAGUUCAAUUGCUUGAUAUCACAACCCUAUCACAAUUAAGGAAGGAUGCACAUCCGUCGUCUUACGGUGGCGGCUCAGGCAUAGACUGCAGUCAUUGGUGUGUUCCUGGGUUGCCCGAUACUUGGAACCAACUUCUAUAUGCAAGCUUUAGUUAAUUGCGUUAAAGCAUGCAUUUUUUUAUCUCCUAUUUGUUAAUCUGUAUAGUAUAAGGACUCUAUUGUAACGUUGUAUUCUAUAUAUACUAAGCAAUAAUAUGCAAACCCUAACGGGAUUUUCACGUAUU